CUCUGGCAGUUGUGUGAGAACUUUUAGACGAAUCAGAAGAGAAUCUGUAAGACGCAAUGGAAAUUUUUCAUUAAUUUACGUGUAAUCAAAUUAAAAACGAGUUCAAAUCAAAUCAAAUAGAUCAUGAAAAUAUUGUUUUGCUUUAUCUUGCUAGUGUUGUUUAUACAGUCGGUGUUUUGUGAGAAGCUUCCUGCCACGUGCGGUCAAACAAACUGUCCCCACUACCAUCGACCCGUUUGCGCAACAAAUGGCAGAAUUAGAAGGACGUUUCAUAACCAGUGCGCUGUGAGAACAUUUAAUGAAUGUUCGAGCGACGAGAAAUACAACAUCAUACGAAAGGGGCAGUGCUAGAAUGGCAUUUAUACUUAAUUCAGGACAAAACAAUUUUCGACUGUUAGCAGACAUAAUGCGCAAACUUUUUAAAUAAAUGUCGAAGUUACCUAAUUAACCAACACCAUAUCAUGACUGCUUAUCAAUUCUUUAAACUCGCUUGUAUUUAAAUAUCAAAUAUUGUAUAAUAAACUUCUUAUAUAUCACGCACAUUAUUGCAUAGUAAG